UCAACUGGAGCAUUCAAAGACAGCAGGGGCUGUUGGGAUUCCAACAUCCCUUAUCAUCGUUGGGCCCUGAGAUGACAUCACAGCAGCAACAGGUUCCCAGUGCUGCCAUUCCUCCCCAGCUUGCUCACAACUCCUCUGCUCAGCAGGCCCGGCAUCACAUUCAGGGCAAUCCGCUGGACUCAAGUCAGAGCAGUGCCACUGCCAGGCCUCUGGAUCACAGAGCUCUGUGCGGCAGGGCGGGCUGCUCUGGUGUUGCAGCAGCCAGCGGGGAGGGAGCCAGUAGAAACGUUUCGGCCUCCUGCACCAAGUCCAGCUUCUCCAGAAGAGAUGGAAGCUUGGAGCCAUGGCCUGAGGAAGCUGUGGACAACUCCCAUGGGCUCUACUCACUCCACCGCAUGUUUGACAUCGUUGGAGCACAGCUUACCCAUCGCGAUGUCAGGGUACUGUCAUUCCUUUUUGUUGACGUGAUUGAUGAGUAUGAGCGAGGUGGCAUCAGGAGUGGAAAGGAUUUCCUGCUGGCCCUUGAACGCCAGGGUCGCUGUGAUGAAACCAACUUUCGACAUGUUCUACAGCUUCUAAGGAUCAUCACACGCCAUGACCUAUUGCCGUACGUCACACUCCGGAAACGGCAGUCUGUGUGCCCGGACCCUGUGGACAAGUACCUGGAAGAGACAUCAGUGCGCUACAUUUCACCCAGAGGAGUGGUGCAGGGCAAGGACACUGCGCCUCACAGAAGAACAGGUCCACAACCAGUCAUUUGCUGUUCCCCGUCAGGACCCCACGUUGGCCUCCCCCAAACAAAGCCAGCUCCUCCUGCACCAAACCGCAAACGGAGGAGAAGUCAUUCUUCAGCUGACUGCAGAGAGAAGCAAACAUGUGAUAUCCGCCUCCGGGUUCGUGCUGAAUAUUGCCAGCAUGAGUCUGCACUUCAGGGCAACGUCUUCUCCAACAAGCAAGAGGCAGUGGAGCGCCAAUUUGAGCGUUUCAACCAGGCAAACACUAUCCUCAAAUCCCGAGACUUGGGUUCCAUCAUCUGUGACAUCAAGUUCUCUGAGCUCACCUAUUUGGAUGCCUUCUGGAGGGACUACAUCAACGGAUCAUUGCUUGAGGCCCUUAAAGGGGUCUUCAUCACAGAUUCCUUAAAACAGGCUGUUGGCCACGAAGCUAUAAAACUAUUGGUCAAUGUUGAUGAAGAAGACUACCAGGCUGGUCGGCGCAAACUACUUCGUAAUUUGGUGACAAGUGGAGUUAGCCCGGGUGGAGCUAGCAAAUAUUCUGUAUCUGUGGACCCCCCACAGGGAACUGCGUGAGAUGUGUUUGUGUCGUUUGAGGUGCCUGAAAAUAAACUAAAGGACUUCUAGCUUCCCAUUCAAUUCCUUGAGAGCUUAGGUCUUAGGAUAUCAACUUGGCCCUCCUGAGCGUAGCAUGCGAGGUGAUUUAGAACUUUGUUAGAAGAAGUAGGUGCAUACAGGUGGAUAUUAUUUUGAAUGUUAAGCUUUUCAUUUUAUUUGAGGAGAAUACUCAUACAUGUGUGCAUUGAAUUUAACUAACUUUGUUUCUUGAACCUUAGCUCAUUGAAGUGCAUUUGUUACCUGAUUACACUCUUGACAACCUGUUGGAAAAUCCCGUGUUCAUGAUGUAAAUUACUCUGUGGGAUUUGUACCUUAGGGUCAAACUGGUCGAUCUGCUGUCCAGCCAUUUCCGGUACAUAACAGAUUGGUUGGAUUAACCCCAAGGGAAGAGUGUUCUGUUUGUUAUAGAAAGGCACAGACGUAUGACUUACAUUUAGAUUUUCCUUUACUUUCCUUAAGACUUAACACAGUUCCCGUGUGUGAAAAGAUAAACCCUUAAGAGCCUUGGCUCCCAGUUGGUCUCACUGUCUACAUCCUUGUGUCUUUCAGAUUAUUUCAUUAACAACGUGACUUGUUACCAGCGGCUGUGAUUCUGACCUAAUGUGACAUUUUAAUUGUUUAGUCAACACCGAUAUUUAAAUUUUGUGGAACAUUUAAAUGUUCUGAAUCAUAUUCAAUGAAAAAUGUAGUCAUUCACUGUGUUUGACAUAUUUUGGGAUUUGCACGUUUCAUUGUCAGUCCGAACCACACCUACCUGCCGUCUCCACAUGUUUACUCAUAUAACAGUGAACUUUAAAAUAUUUAAAACAUCUGUCAAUCACAUGCUGAAAAAGCAGUACAAGCAGGUGCUUUUACUUCCUCGCCCAUUUGCUGGGCUUGAUGGAGGAAGAAGAUGUUUCUGCGUAUCCUCCUCCAUCCACAAUGCUUCCCAAAGCAAACUGGAUACUUAAGGCUUUGAAACGGGAAUGGAGCAUACGCUUCUACAAUUUUGAGUGCAGGUGCUGAUCAUGCGCUUGUAGUGGAACAAAAACUACUACAGAAUUUUCGGAAAUGCAGCAAGGCAAGCAACGUUUGAAUAUCAUUUCAUUUCAUUUUGGUAUCCAUGGUUUAAGACAUCAGGUGGGUGCCUGUGACAGACAACUCACAUGUUAUAGAGUGGUAAAAUACACUGAGUGGCCACUUUAUUGGAGAACACCCUUUAGGUCCGUUGACAAAUUCAUCCUAUACAUUGAGAUACUGGUGAGUCACUAGCUUUAUCAGAAUUGCUGAGUCAGCAAGCUGUGGAAGUUGAGCCCAGCUUUAAAGCUUCUUGUCAUAGUUCCAGCCCAGAGUGCUGCUGUGGGCCUUAACAUCAUCCACACAUCUAGUAGAGUCCUGUUUUAUCAACAGUUUGUUCACUGUUUAUUUGGCCUGACAGUGGUAUGAAAAUGUUAGGUUCAUCUUUCUGUUAUACUUUGUGGAUUACAAAAAGAAGGUACUCUAGGCUUUUUGUUUCAUUGCAGGUGCAAAGCCUCCCUUAUUGCAGCAGUAGUUUGAAGUUCCUGUUCUGUGUUGAAGUUCAACUUUCCCUUAAAGUGUCCAAAAACAUAAUCGCCAGAGUGUCAGUGAACUAAUAACAAUGUCUAUGUCUCUAUGAUGGGAUGGAUUUACCAUUCUCCUGCAUCAUAGUCAGACACAUAGCUGCCUGUGCAUCAGCCGACCUCCACACUGACUGGAGGAGCAGCAUAGAGGAGACAGUGAAGUACAGUAUGUCAAUCUUGAGUCAUGCAAUUUAAGAUUCUCCAAAUUGGAAAUGUUGUAAUGUCAUUGCUGUCGAACCAGGACAGGUUAUUACUUAAUGCAAAAAGUAACUUGUUUGGACGUGAUUAAUAUUAAUCAUAAGAUAUAAAAGACUGCGCAUAAUGCUGAUUUGUGAAUAGAUCAUUUAGAAUUUUUAACAAAAUUUGAUUACAGGCUUAAAUGUCAUUUAAAUCACAAUUGUCAAUUGCAAUGCCAGUCUCAAAUGCUUAUAUUUGACAUUUUCCAUUCAUCUUUCUUUUACUCAGUGCACAUAGCCAAAUAGUUGUCGUCAUGCCAAAUAUAUUCUUCCUGCUAAAAAUGCUCUUUCUUAUCUCUGCUAUCAUACAAUCCGUGGGUUCAUAUUAAAACACAAGUCAUGUUUGACUGCCCUCUA